AUGCCAACCUCGAAGAAUUCCUCUGCCUCUGGCACUAAGCCUCUUGCUUCUGCGCAUACUUCAAUGCCUCAAAGCACCCCUCCGGCGACUCACACACAUGGAGAUAGAGCAAGUGGUCGGCUGCACAAGCGAUCCCGAUCUGGCUGCUUCACAUGCCGCCUACGUCGAAAGAAGUGCGAUGAGAACCAUCCUUCCUGUACCGCCUGUGUCAAUCUCAAUGUGCGCUGCGAAUACAAACGCCCGAUUUGGUGGGCAAAUGCCGAGCAACGGAGAGCCCAGAAGGAGCGCAUCAAGAACAGGAUUAAGCAAACCAAGAUGUUGGAGCGAAACGGUCACUCCUCUGACCGCCACCGCUAUAUGUCUGCGACAUCGCCAACUUCACCUGUACACGAACAUGGCCGCCAUAGGCACAACGAGCCCUACGAUCUUUUCUCAUCUCAGCUGCCCACCCCUGGAUUGGGAAGUGCUCCUCGUGGGCCCUACAUACCUUCCUAUGAAGUCGAUGUGCGAACCGAGAGACAAACAUUUAUCAACGAUGUGCCUACGCGGCAUGAUUCUUCGACAUCAACCUUCAGUGCAUUUGCACCUCCCCAACUUAGUGCUCCAAUGCCAACUUUCGCUGGCGAUGAAUGGUUUGGAGAUGAAUAUUUUGCACAAGCCUCGGCAUUUAAUGGUGCCAAUCUGGGAGGCAUUAAUCCUAGCUUCGAUCACACACACGCAUUGUUGCAAAGCAACAUUGCUGUCAGUGACCAUGACCGGCCACUCCUCGAUCACUUUAUCCACAAUGUGCUGCGCCAGAUCUUCCCCGUUCUGGAAGCUCACCAAAAAGGCCACUUGCGUGCACAAUCAAUUUUGCGCGCUCUGGAAACAAACAAGUGCUAUCUUCACUGCUGCCUGAGUGUCGCCGCCAUCCACCUUAAGACUACGGAAGGAUUGGUUGGCGAGCAAGUUGACCAUGAUAUCAUGCGACACCGUUAUGAAGCCAUUUCUCAACUAUGUCAGGCUCUGGGAGAUGAUGUUAAACACGAUGAGAUCCUGGAUGCGACUCUUGCGAUGAUCCUCUUUCACUGCGCUGUUGGACCUUCGGAUGACUACCUCCCCGACAUUCCGUGGUUUGAUCACUUCCAAGCUGCAUCAAACCUUGUAGCUAGACUUGAACUUCCAUCCGCAACAGUUGAGAGCUCUAACGGAUAUCUGGUUGCCCCAUUCAGCAUGAGCUUGACUUCUUGGAUUGAUAUCCUGGGCUCGACAAUGGUGGGCAAGACUCCCGAAUUUGCUCACCAGUACCGAUCAAAGCACUUGGGUGGAGCCUCCUCUGGCUUACGCGAGUUGAUGGGAUGCGAUGACCGGAUCAUGUAUCUCAUCUCUGAAAUUGCUUGUCUGGAUGGUCUAAAGACAGAAGGUCGAAUCGAUGACUUAGCUGUCUGUACUCAUGUUCAGGCGCUAGGACAACAACUUGAGUACACAAAGCCCGCCGAUUUCAAGCUGGAGAACCCAUUCUCACCUGCAACUGGAGCCAUUUGCCCUGACGCCCUGACCAAUAACAUCUCGCACAUCUUCCGGAUGGCAGCUCAAAUCUACCUUUGCAGCAUCGUACCGGGCUUUGAUCGCAAUCAAGAAAGCACCAAGAGCUUGAUCAUCGCAAUAACAGACGCGCUCCAGUUCAUUCCUGCUGGUCCCCAUGGCUACGACCGCUCUCUUGUCUGGCCACUGCUCAUGACCGGCGUGUAUUCCAGGCCAUCGAGUCUCUUCCGAUCUGUGAUCGCCGAUCGCGCUGCUGCGCUGGGUGAACAUGGUGACCUCGGUAGCUUCGGACGCAUGUAUCGCCUCCUACAAGAGGUGUGGCGCCUGACAGAUGACCCAUUCAACUCUCAAGUCCGACCUGGAGACAACUCCUACAACUCCUCACUUACCAGUCCUAUUUCGAGACUGGACGGCCCCCACUCCCACUCUGGCGCUGGCGCCACUAUGGGUGGACGGGAAAUCAAAAAGCAACAAGUCCACUGGAGGGACAUCAUGAAGCGGAAUAACUGGCAUUACCUCCUUAUUUAA